AUGGCCCCGAGCACCCCAAGUACCCCCCAAGUACCCCCGUACCCCCCUUUCCCCUCCCACGGCGCUUCCAUCCCCAAGCUCCCGCCCGCCCGCUCGGCCACGCGCACUACCCUCCGUAUUCAAUUCCAUUUGCCGCGUUUGCAGCCAUUAAAACACUUAUUGGGUGAGCGGUUACGCGCAGCGCAUAGCGGCUGUGGUGCAGAACAUCGCUCACGCUCAAGCUACUACACACAACACCGCCUGGUGGUCGCGCCCUCCUGCACUCUGCAAAGAACAGAAGCAUCAAACCCCCAUUCAUUCCCCCCAACAACCUGCAGCAGCCCAUCCGAAUCAUCCCUCUCUCGAGAACGAGACUCUUGCCCUCCGCGCCUCCCCGUUGAGCAAACCCACGCUGCCCACUGUCCUACCUUCUGCCCUCUCCCCGCUGCUCCCCCAAAUCUCUGCUUCUCUACUCUACUCUACCUCUCCCCCCGUCCGCGAAAGCUUCCUACCAGUCCUGGGUCUCAAAAGAGACCCCCAACCGCCACCAUUCCCUCUCCGCACUCUCUCGCUGCGAUUCUGUCGCCCUCUGCGCCGACGGAAGACUCUGCGGCUCCAAGUAACUCUCGCUGCUCGCGCUCGCCCACACCCAAGCGCACCCACGCCGAAGCUUUCGCGGCCGAUCAAUCCUAUCUCCAUCCCGCGUCCCCGAGGCAACAGCUCGCCAGUAUUGAUCCCACGGGCGAUCCGAGCCCCGGCUCUGGAGGGGCGGAUGAUGGGAGUGCCGCCGGCGUCAGGGGAAGUCUGGAGGAGAAGAAGCCGACCAAGAUGGUCAGGUCAAGCAUCGCCUGCAGUAGAUGCCGCCGGAGCAAGGUAAAAUGCGUCAAUAAUGGAGUCAACUCAAUCUGCAAAGCAUGCGCCUCGAGCAAUCGCGAAUGUACAUAUCCAGUGGCCGGCUCAAUAUCCACGCCAAAGCGCAAUGAGGCGACCGCGGGGGUCAAGCAAGAAGAUGGCGAGAGCAAGAAGCGCAUUAGGAAACUCGAGGACACGGGACGGAGAAAUAGCCAAAAGGUCGGAGAGGAUAUCUUGGAAUCGCCGAUUCUCACGCGGAAGGUGUGGGAUGAAAUCUACGAGAUUUUUAAGCUUCACUUCUCAACGGAGAUGCCGUUCCUCCACCCCCCUACUUUCAGGAACCGUAUGCGGCAGGCUUCCUACCCACGGGACCCCUCUGCCCCGCCAGCGGAUCUCCAGGAAGGGAGGCUCCUCCUCCUUGGAGUCUUAACGCUUACUGCUCGUUUCCACCCGGAACUCGUUGCUCACCAUUCGUCGUCAUCUGACCCUCUUGUUGCGAGCGAGUACUACGCCGCCGCUCUGGCAACUGCAUUUGGCCCAACAAGCAGAAAUCUCACCAACCCAUCCCUCGAGGGCAUCCAGGCGUUUCUCAUGCUUGGUCUGUAUGAAUGGGGUCAGACACGGGGCCUGAGUGCAUGGGUCUAUGUGGGCAUCGCCACGAGGCUAGCACAGUCAAUGGGUCUUUCAUACGAAGAUGAUACCGGUCCUCUGGCGAUCAAAUAUCCCGCAGCUGAUCCAAGUAAAAGCCGCUCAGCCAAACCCCCUUCGACCGCACGCGAGGAGCUGACAGAAAAGGAGGCCCGACGGCGUACGUGGUGGAGCUGCUUCAUCAUGGAUCGAAUGCUCUCGGCCGGGAAGUGCAGGCCCACGAUGAUAGAUGUGGACAGACUACGGGUUCAACUUCCCUGUUCGGAUGACGAUUUUCUGUUCGCCCGCAAGUCCACAACAGGGAUUCUAAAUCCAUCUUGGAAUAGGAAUAUCGAACCUGGAGUGGUGGUCCACGAUGAUGGUAUUUUGGGUUGGUACAUCCGACUAGUCGAGAUAUUCGGAAGAUUUGCGGAGUGGAGUUAUGCUGGUGGUAGGAGGACCGAAACUCUGCCCCCAUGGGACAGUUCUACGGGAUUUUUCAAAUUGCGCCAUGAAUUAGAGGAAUUCCGCCGUAGCUUACCGUCCAACCUUGUCUUCAAUGAGGAAAAUCUUUCGGCCCAUAUCGAGAAACGCAACGCUACUGGCUGCGCCUCGAUGCAUACGUUGUACUCUGCAUGUUUGAUUAUGCUCCAUAGAGAGUAUCUACCAUUCAUACCUCUUCGUUGUGAGAAACCCACGGGCCCCCUCGACGAGCCGACAUUUCCUUCAUCUAAGUACGAGGUGCCCGAUGGCUUCUGGGAGGAGAGCGCCGAGACAGUAUUCAAAGCGGCCAGAGACAUUAUCAAUAUCGUGACCACCUGCCAGGAGGAUAAUGCCCUCCCGGAAUCCCCCCAGAUAGGAUUUGCGGUUUGGCAAGCUGCGUUUUUCUGCAUCUACGCUGUUCACUUUGGCCAUAUGGACACCGGCAACCACUUGCACAACCCGAAGCAAGAACCGGGUGCUGAUUUCCGAACCCGGGGCUGGACUGGGAUCACUUCCAAGUUGCUUAAAGAUAUGGUCCCGAGGCUGAAGAUGGUCAAAGCCUAUCAGAAGACCAUCGGGAUGAUGCAUGACUAUUUCGACCGCGUGAAGGCUGAUUUCCAUACUACCAACAACGGCAACCUUGGAUGGACGGGUGGCGGUGGGGAGCAGUAUAGGAUGAAGGAGAAAGAAUUGAAAGAGUUUGGUAGUCUCUCAGACACGGACAGAAAUAUCCAGUCUGACGGCUCCGAUGCCGCUGACCAGACACGAUCCCGGGCGAGUACCAAUGACAUCGGACCAGCAUCGAGUGUGAAUGGGGAGCCGAUGCAAGGGGUCGAGUCGGCAGCGGGGUCGAGACCCAACGGCUCCUGGGCACCUAUCAACGCCCAAAGCUCACAAGAAGGGGAAGAACGGACUAAGUACAAUGUCCAAUACCCGUAUGGAAUGCCAUACCAGCAAUCUCCUAAUCAGUCAAACCCACCAAGCCUCAUCAGUCCCAGCAAUGCGGAUUCCACCUCUAGCCUUAACUCCCCUUAUGUGCCCGCUCAAAACCAACAGUACCAUGCCUCAACCGCGAUUCAGCCAGUCAGCGCCUACCCAAUCGCCCCGCAUGGGCUGCCUAUAAUGGCACCACCCAAUACGCAAGCUACACACGCAUGGUCCCAGGAGGAGAAGGAGCGCCGGAUGACCUAUUUUGAAUCGAUAGGCUGGGGCGCCCAGCUUGACAAUCUGGGGCAAGACUAUACCAUGGAAAGUUUACAACUAGCAGAAGGAGAUGCUUUCCCUCCAAACCGGGUCCUAAAUUACAUGCAGGCCGCAUCCUACCAAUGGGUGCCUCCAGCACCUGUUACAGGCACAGGUGGUUUCUGA